CGCGGCAUGAAACUGAAAUUGUAAUUUUUUGAUAACGUAAAAACAUUCAACAUUAUCAUGAAACUAGUAAGAUUUUUAAUGAAACUCAGUCAUGAGACUGUAACGAUAGAAUUAAAGAAUGGUACCCAAGUACAUGGUACUAUUACCGGAGUAGACGUGGCAAUGAAUACGCAUUUGAAGACUGUAAAAAUGACAAUAAAAAAUAGGGAUCCUGUACAAUUAGAUACAUUAAGUUUACGAGGCAAUAAUAUAAGGUAUUAUAUAUUACCAGACUCAUUACCACUUGAAACGUUACUCAUAGAUGACACACCAAAAGCAAAAGCAAAAAAGAAAGAGGCUGCACGAGGAGCAGUACGUGGUCGAGGUCGAGGAGGUCGUGGUACCAGAGGAGGUCGAGGGGGUCGUGGAAGAGGAAGGGGUAGACGAUAAUCAAACGAUACACAUUAUUAUUGUAAUAAAUCUGAUUGAAAUAAUUAAUUACAAAAAUUUUUUUCAUCUCAAAAAAAUAUUUGCAUAAUGUAUUAUCAUAUAAUAC